UCAUUUAGUAACGAAGCUUAAACCGAACCGCAUCGAGCUCUGAAAAGCGCGCGCGCUCUCCUUCCCCGCGGAACCAUCGAGAACCAACAUCGAAAAGAACCAACAACCACAGCGAGAAUGUUUCAGAAAAGGAUUAUCGAACUUAUUGUGGUGCUGCUGUACUGGAUGGUGAUCACGCCAGCGGUCUACAAGAUAUGCAAGGACAAGAACAUAAUCCAGGUGGAUAUGAAUCACCUGCUGGACACCGUGGCCGAGCACUGCACCUUUGGCCUCUGCCUGAUGGUGGGAUACGUGAUCCUCUACCGCAUAGUGAUCUUCAUCUACAUGAAGCUCAAGGUCUGCGACAUCCAGAUGUGGCACAACCUGAAGAAGACCCAAGACGACCCCGAGGCUAACCUAAGCAAGAAGUCCCACUACCAGGCUGUAUCCACGGAGAACAUUGACACUGUGGACAGUGGCAAGAAAAGGCCAAUGACACCCAAGAUGAUACGGACCAUCAGCAAUCCCUUGCUUAUCGAAAGCGAUUUGGCCCGCAUUCACGUCAAGCACGAGACACGACCGCUACAGAGUGCCACCCUGCCGAGGUUGCAGCACGCCCAGGUCCACGCCAGUCCGAGUCCCAGUCUAAGAAGUGCACCGCCAGUGCCUAUGCAGCCGCCGAAUGUCUACAACCAAGGUGUGAUCAUGUCGCCAAAGGUCCUCAUGCCAAGACAUCCAGACAUGGUAUAGAGAAGGAUAAUGGAGAAGGAUAACGAGAUCCA